GUUCACACCAAGCUCAGUUGUAAUUAUACAAGCAAAAGAUACGGCAAUGUGUAGUAAUUAAUUUAUAAUUAGUGCAUCAACGAAAUUAUUAAAUGACAUCAUGAUGCUCUCAGUACUAGUUUUCCUAACGGGUGCUACCAUAGAGUCGCAGGCCGUGUUUCAUGACAAAUCAAUGCAAAUCUUCAAAGGACCAUCUUCACUAAGCGAAGGAUCACUAUUUGGUUACAGCAUAUCUUACGAAUCGAAAUAUCAAAGUUUAAUAGUCAGUGCGCCGAAAGCGAAUGAUGUUGGGCGUAUUUUUACAAUCAACAUUAACAACUCCGUAGUCAAAGAAGUUCAUAUCCCUUUAAUAAGACUUACUCCAAAUUUAAUAAAACACGACUUCUGGUUAGGAGCUACUGUGAAAGCGAACUCCGAUUAUUUUGUGAUUUGCACUCCAAGGUAUAGUGAAAUAAAGUCGGACAGAUCAGUCAAGAAACCGGCAACAGUCGGUAUAUGUUUCAUAAAACAUCAGAAUGGCAAGGUCACUCCAUUAAAACCAAUGACCAACGGUGAUCGUAUUAUCAAUGCAGAUAAUAUGAAAUUUAAAAAAAUGAUGGAUUCCUUCGGUUGGAGUAUGGAGUUGACGUCACAGAACGAGUUACUUGUUGGUGCCCCAGCUAUGAAUAAAGGCCGAGUGUUGAUUUACCCAAGUGAUUUAGGUUCGGCGACUCCAAAAUUGAUUUAUAAAAUAAGUUACGGGAAUCCCGUUCUUUAUAAUUUCGGCUACAGUAUAGCCAGUGGAAAGUUUUUCUCUAAGCAAAUCACUUAUGCAGUGAGCACGACUUUUGGAGAAUUAGGAUUUGGAAAGGUAUAUUUCUUCAAUUCGAAGUAUGAGAAUAUUGGAGCAAUCAACGACGACAAUCUAGGGACGAUGUUCGGUGCUGCGUUGUGUUCCGCGAAUUUUGGCGUUGACGCGUUGCUGGUUGGUGCACCAGCCUUUGCUGAUAAUGAUUACACGUAUGACAUUGGUGCCGUUUAUAUUUUCAUGGCACAAUCCGGAUCUAGUUCAAACGAAAUGACUUUAAAAAGAAAACUCGUGGGUAAAACUAGUGGUGGUCAUUUUGGUCAUGCUAUUGUAAGCAUUGGUGAUAUGGAUGGUGAUUCAAAAGAUGAAAUAGCAAUAGCAGCACCAUACGAUGACGAUGGCAGGGGCGCUGUUUAUAUUUAUACCGGAGAAGGAAUUUUACAAGGAAAGCUCUCACAGAAGAUACAACCAGAAGGAUUUUAUAAUUUAGGGAUCAGCUUAGCAGUUGUGAAAGACUAUGACGGAAAUGGGUGUAACGAAUUGGCUAUUUCUUCACCUAAAAAUACCAGUGUAGUCUUACUUAGAAGCAUGACGGUUGUAACGGUAAACUUACAUACUAAGUUUCCAAAUUUUCAGAAUUACAAAAACAAAACACACUUUGAAUUUGAUUCCUGCCUUGAUGUCUUGCCACCUAAAAACCUAAAGGUCUUCAAAGUUGACUUGAUAGUGAAUAUAUUAACGACGGACCGAAAUUCAAAACUAAUAGGAGCUAGUGAAAAUAAGUCAUUGACGUAUGAAGUGUCUUUGAAUGAAAACAAUCAAUCUUUUUGCAGAAGCAUUGGAGUGCAGAGCAUACUCACGCCUGUAAAAGAAUACAACCUAGUUAUAGCAUACAAGAUAUCCGUGACUUUAAAAGACGAUCCGUUGACAAGAGAUGAUUUUGAUAUUUCAAGAGCGAUUUUGAGUGAACAUAGUGUAUUGGAUCUUAACGAUAAGCAAUGGAUAAGUGACUGUGGUGGUAAACUUUGUAUACCCAACUUAAAGCACAGCUUAAACUCUUCUAUACCGAUACCUUAUGUUUUGGGAUCAUCGAAUAUGGAAAAGUUUACGUUAUCAGUAAGAAAUAUUGGACAAACCGCGUACGAUGCGUGCGCAAUAGUGACUGUGCUUGAAGCUCGUGUACUCCGGCCCCCACCCGGGUGCACAUUACUCAAAGACAGUACACAAUUUAUAUGCAAGCCUAAUCAACCGCUUCGUAAUGGAGAGAUUUGGAAUAUUCAUCCAAUCGAAGUUGAGACAACUCUACUUACAAGUGGAAACGAUGAACUUACAAUUCAAAGUGACUUAUAUAAUAACUGCAACAACAAGACAGACAGAAAUACUUUUGAAGAUAAAUUUAUUCUACGCAGCGAUAUUGACAACAUUUCACUUAAAGGCCAAACAAAUCCAGAUCAGACUGUUAAUAUGACAAGAAACGACGUAUAUGACUUAGGAAAAAGUAUGGAGCAUGUGUACACGAUAAGUAAUAAUGGUAAAACAAAUUGGAUCGGUAUCAAAAGUGAGAUUAUUUUAGACAACGUGCCCUACAUCAAUUAUUCGGGAGCUCCGAUUACAAUUUCUAAGGACAAAUCGUCAGGCAUGGAGUGUUCUACGACAAACAGCAGUCGAACAGAGUCACAAAUAAUAGUAUUAUGUGACAUUGGAGACUUGAAGAGAAACCAAAAAGUCAACGUCAUUAUUGCUAUCGCCAUUCCUCCAAACACCUUAGACUUUAAGGAAGAAAACGAAAACGUCACGAUUACAACAACGUUCAAUUUACUUCUUAACGAUGAAAGUAUAUCGUUAAGUUUGAACACAGUUUUGCGAUUCAUAACAGUUCCGGUCGCGCUAUGGAUCAUCAUCAUCUCAUCUUUCGUUGGAUUAUUAAUACUUGCGAUCAUAUCGUUCGCACUGUAUGAGUGCGGCUUUCUUCAAAGGAAGAAUAAGGACAAACUCAAAAAACUUAAGAAGGAAGUGCAUCGCCAGAGUGUGCGUCGAUCGAUGAUGAGAGAAAGCAUGCGAGCUGCGGCUAGCCGACGAAGUACGGAAGACAACCAUCUCUUAAAACCCGAACUGGAUUAAUAGGCAAUAUACAAGAAACUAUAGAUAACUAUAGGCAAUAUAGAAGAAUGAAAUAAUG